AUGGAAUCGCACGCAGAGCCUUCGCCGAUCUGCACAAAAUCUUGCCUGCUGAGCGGCCGCUGCAUCGAAAUAUCUGCUCUUCCAGAUUGGAGGCUAACGAAGCUGCUGCAGGUGGCGGAAGAACACUUCCGCGACUGCGGGGCGCUCUCUUCCUUGGAGCGGCUCGGGUGGCUAGUGGCACCUGAGCAGGGUUCCAUGCUUGACAUGGAAAGCACCGUCUACGAGGCAAGGCUCGGCAGCGUGCACUUCAUCCAAGCCAUAGCAGUCCCAUUGUCUCAGCCGAUCUUCUGCACUGCGAGCCCAGACCACCCUUCUUGGGCCCAAGUUCUUGGCGAUGGCUCCGUGACGACGUGGGGCUCGGGUCCCGGAUCCGACAGCCGCAGUGUGCGACAUCAGUUGCAGAAUGUACGGUCGAUCGCUGCGACCUCCUCGGCAUUCGCUGCAUUGCGAAAGGAUGGGACGGUCGUCACUUGGGGACACCCGGAUCAGGGAGGUGACAGCACGCCUGUGAAGGCCCAGCUUCGAGAAGUAAAAAGCUUGGCUGCCUCCGACACUGCUUUCGCCGCUCUGCUCGCCAGCGGGGGCGUCGUCACUUGGGGGGGCGCUUGUGACGGCGGCGACUGUGAGCUGGUUCGUGACGAGCUGACCGGGGUGACGAAGAUCGCAGGCACCUGCUGUGCUUUCGCAGCUCUUCUGGAGAACGGAAGGGUCGUGCAGUGGGGCGAUCACUUCGCUGACACCGGGUCCAUCAGAGACGAGCUGAAGUGCAUCCAAGACAUCUGUGGCCUACGGACCCGCGCAGCGUUCGCAGCGCUGCUGCAAACUGGUAAGGUGGUCACCUGGCAAGACUGGCGAGAUCCCGACCUGACACCGUCACCUCGGGCACGGCAGAUGUUGCAGAGCAACGUGGUCCAGCUGCACGCGUCCGAGGACGUCUUCGAGGCUUUCAGAGACGAUGGCACAAAGAUCUCGUGGCCGGAGGCUGGAGAGUGUAUGGAGCUCGGACCCGGUGCUGAUGAAGAUGGCGGCGGAUUCCUGAAUCCAGAUGUUUUUCUUUAG